UAAACGCUAUACGUUCAACACACAGGCACCUGUUUGGAUUGAUAUAGCAUGCUAAAACAAAUCAAAUCAUGCAAACAUUCUGGCUUUUGAAAACCAGACUUAAUUUCAUUGGCAAAAAAGUCCCCAGUCGCAACUCUACACUUCCAUUUCAGCAUUGCACAUAUGGCCAGGGUGAUACGAGUCUCAGUUCAUAAAGUUUAUUAAAGGAGACUAAUGCAGCUCUUCAGGGGCUGUGGAAAUGUUUUGAAGGAGCAGUGUGGAGUAAUAUCUGAAGCCUGUCAACUGCCUUUCAAAGUUCUUACAAUCUGUCAUCACUUUAAUUCCUUAUCAUAUUUGCCAUUUGGGGACUGGAAGAGCUGUGGGAUGGGUAGAAUAUGUUAAUUGUGUUCGAGGAUUAAAAUGACAGCUGUCGCUUUUGAUUCCAAGUAUGCAUGAAAAGCAAAAAGGAAACAGAAUGUUCUCUUUAGAUGAAUUAGCAGACAUCACAUCAGGACGUAGUGAAGAUUCCGACCCCACUCUCUCCCCUCGACUGGAAAUCUACUUUGUAUUCUCACGGCUAUCAUUGAUAAACUUAUUAAAUGCUCGACUGUCUCUUUCUCAUCUCUUCUCUCAAUUUUGAGUGAUUGGCCACCUGGAUGAUGACUAAAAUACCACUGCAUAAAGCCGACAGUCACCCCUCAAACAAACACGCACACCUACAUACACACACACACAAAAUUUCUACCAGACAGGUUUCCAUGGAAACCUCUAUAUCCCAGUUUUUCAUGUGAUUCUUUUAGUUUAGAGUAUUGUAGAACUAUGCUGCAUUUUUCUGCAAUCAUGUGUAUGCAUGAAGAAAAUGACAUUUUUCUCAUUAUCACUGUUGAAUCUGUGGCUUCUUAGCUAUUCACACUCACCAAUAUAGCAGCACCUCACACUACCCAGCCCCAAGUGUGUGCAUGCAUGUGAAGUUUGUGUGUUUUGAUGUCUCUCUGUCAGUACAGUAUGUCUUGGAGCACAGAUUCUUGCAAGUGUGUGUGUGCGUGCAGUAGUCGCACUGAGACAGGCAUCUAUUAUUAGAAAGACAGAUCACUUGACUCAGGCACUGGCUAGACGCCUAAAUCUGGACCCCACCGGCAGCUCCUGGUUCAGAGCUCUGUCAAAAAAAUAGCAGUGAGAAAAUUCGGAUAAUGAUAAUUACGAUAACCAUAACAAUAAACCCCGCAUACAGACUAUGAGGUGUGCGCACUUCACUGCGCAAAGGUGCGGAGUUUCGCAGGAAAAGUGCAAAAUUACUUUAAUUUGCUACAUCUGCUGUGAAAAAAAAACAACAACCAAAAAAAACAAAAAAAAAAAAAAAAAAAAAAAAAAAAAAAAAACCGGACGGACGGAUCUGCACAUCUGCUCUUUCCUCACUCACAGUUCCAGAGUAGCACUUUUGCACACACUCACGCAGUGGAGUAACACAUGAUUUCAGCUGCAGUGAGAAUUCAUGAGAUCUAUUUUGGGCCUGCAUCACUCAGGCAACACAAACUGAUCCAGAGCUGCUUUGGUACUCUCUCUCACUUACGGAUUGGUUCUGGUUGGGCAGAUUGGCAUGAGUGUGGGCAAGCCCCACCGCUACAAUAUCGUGUCAUCGUCAGAGGAGGACGUGUUCCGGCACGGCAACAUGCCCGCCCUCGGCAAUGGCUUUGGUAACGGCAAAAUCCAGACACGCCGAAAGGUGCGGAGCCGCUUUGUAAACAAGACAGGCCAGUGCAACGUCAGUUUCGCUCAUAUGGACCAGCAAUCGCAGCGCUACCUCGCUGAUAUCUUUACAACCUGCGUGGACAUUCGUUGGCGCUGGAUGUUUGUCCUUUUCUCCCUUGCAUUUGUCCUGUCGUGGCUCGCGUUUGGUUUCGCCUUCUGGCUUAUUGCUCUUGUCCACGGUGACUUAGACCGGCCCACUAAAGAUGACUUCACACCAUGUGUCAUGCAGGUCAACAGCUUCGUUGCAGCGUUUCUGUUCUCAGUUGAGACGCAAACAACGAUCGGCUACGGAUUCCGCUGCGUAACCGAGGAGUGUCCCUUAGCGGUGUUCAUGGUCGUCUUCCAGUCCAUCGUGGGCUGCAUCAUUGACUCUUUCAUGAUCGGUUCCAUCAUGGCCAAAAUGGCACGACCUAAGAAACGUGCAGAAACGAUACUGUUCUCGCACAAUGCUGUCAUCGCUAUGCGCGACGGGAAACUGUGUCUCAUGUGGCGGGUCGGGAACUUGAGGAAAAGUCACAUUGUAGAGGCCCACGUGCGGGCGCAACUUAUUAAGCCCCGAAUCACAGAAGAGGGCGAGUACAUACCUCUCGAUCAGAUCGACAUCAAUGUGGGUUACGACCAAGGUCUCGACCGCAUCUUCUUGGUUGCUCCUCUCACCAUCCUCCACGAGAUAAACGAGGAGAGUCCUCUGUAUGGAAUCAGCAAGCAGGACCUGGAAACAUCUGAUUUUGAGAUCGUGGUCAUACUGGAAGGGAUGGUCGAGGCGACUGCGAUGACGGCUCAGGUGCGCAGCUCCUACCUAGCCAGCGAGAUCUUAUGGGGCCAUCGCUUUGAGCCUGUGGUGUUUGAGGAACGCAGCCAGUAUAAGGUGGACUAUUCGCACUUUCAUAAGACCUACGAGGUUCCCUCGACGCCACGUUGCAGUGCCAAAGACAUGGAGGAGAAUAAGUCCUUGGAGUCCGGAGCCAACUUCUGCUAUGAGAAUGAGUUAGCCUUUAUUAGUAGGGAUGAAGAGGAGCAAGAAGAGGACAGGGGUGAGAGGGGGACUGAGCUAGAGACCCUUUCAGCCAAUCUGAACUUCGAUCAGAGGUCAUAUCACAAAGAAUCCGAAAUAUGACCCUUUAAAAACUUUGCUUUAUCGUAGACUCACCCUAUUCUUCUAGUGUCGGUUGUAACGGUUAGCUACAGAGCAAUGUAAGUGCCAUAUGAAACCUUGACCCACUGUCCUAGAGCCAUGCUGUAGUUGGGGGCAGGUCAGGAAAAGAAAGUGCUUUUUGUAGUUGUUGGAAAUGCGAGGCCUUCCUGUAGGAAAACUUGAAAUCUGAUUACAUGUUUCAUAAUGUAGUUUGAAGUGAUAGCUUUAAGUAGUAUCAUUAUGCAAUACUAAGCUAGCCUGGGUGCCAUAUUGACUAAAUCUCUCUCUUGUAAAGAAAAUUUGCACAAAAUAGGUUAUUAACCACUAGUGUGUUUGCUUGGAUAUAGAGUAGAACAUGAUACACUCUUGUUUUGGUGUGAUUUACAGCAAUAAAGAGACUUGAAAACAUUUAUCUAUGCUCUUCAUAUUCCACUGAUUUUUCCCCCCUUUACGUCAAAGCAAAGACUGCAAUGUCUGAUAGUUUUAUUUUUAACAUGUAAUGAGGUACUAGUUUAGAGGUGUGUGAAAGAUAAUUAACACCUACGUAGACGCUGAUUUAAUGAGCAAAAUGGUUCCCAGGCUAGUAAAAAGCAAAGACACAAAGCUAUUUAUUCAGUAUUAGAAAGUGAGUAGAAAAAUAUAUUGUAUGAGUAUGAGAGUUGAUGAAUGAAAGAUAAGGCAUGAUAGGAGACAGUUAAACUUUUUUUGUUGUUGUUGUUUUCACAACAUACCACACCAUUCACAUUCAUGCUCAGGCCACACACCCUUGAAUAAAACUGCUUGUCUACUUUACUUACAAUGACAGCCAGAGGAAAAACAACUUUCACGUUGCUUUAGUGGCAUAAUCAAACUUAUAAGUUGUGGUUUCUACAUGUUGUAGCCAAAUUUUGAAGCUCUGAGACAAGAUAUUUACAACAUUACAUGUUUUGCUAAAGCAACAGUUACAUUGUGCUAGUGUGUGUGUGUGUGUGUUUUAUGAGGUAUGAACUUUAAUAUGACCUUUCUUUAUUGGUGUUUCUUUCCUCAGAAUCAAAACAGCUGCCCACUUGCGAAUGUGAAAGAAAAUGAUCAAUACUAAAAGCUACUUCUAUGGUAGAAGCUAAAGAAAGAAAAGUCAGUAUCAGAUUUAGGGCACACUGCGAAAAAAAACAUUUUCUUCAUCAGUAUUUUCAUCUUGUUUUCCAGUUAAGAAUAUACUUGUAAAGUAAAAUUGUGUAAAAUUAUGAAUAUAUUUAAAUGUUUAUUUUUCUUAUCUCAGUAGUAAUAUUUUUUAAAGCAUAAAUUUAGUAAGAUAAAUACGUCUUAUAAGCAAUUAGCCAUGCAUUGUUCGUCUCACACGGUUGAAACUAAAUUUGAAGUUCUUUUAAUUAUACAAGUAGUUUUUCCACUCAUAAACUAACCUUAGAGCUUGUAGAAAUCAAUUUCAACAACAGACCAACACUAACCACCCACCUCUGGUAUCUUACGUCAUAAUUAGUGAUCGUCUUGACAGUCUCCCUCCUUUUCAAAAUCAGAGCAAAGGGAAUAGGAGAGGUGAGAACGAGAGCCAGAGACAAUGAAGAAACAAAGAAGAGAGCGUUCACCCACUCACCUCAUCCAUCACUUUGCUCUGUGGGGGCAAAUAAGUGUGCCUGAUUAAAUAAAGAAUGCAUUAUAUAAGAUGAUUUAAAUAAAUUAAACGUUUCAUCAAGGUAGAUUAUAGCAAAAGUCAUCCUCUUUUGCAGAGAAGAGAUGAUCCUCUCCAUAUAAUCCUUUCCAAAAAUACAGUACUACACUAAACUACAUCAUGAAACCAUCAUAUAACCUAAAGUUGAACAGUUUAUUGUUUUUAAAAUGCUGUCUGGUUAUGAAAGGAACAUGGAGUCAUUAUUCACACUAUUUUAUGCAGCAGCACGGCUGUUUUCAGGUCACGUCCUCAUAACCUCUUCAGACGGGUUUCUGAGGGUGAAACUUAGUGAGUCAGCUCAUGGUGAUUUCAGCUCUUCAGAAAAGGUGGCAAGACAGAUAUAAAACAGUGAGGUACUUUGUAGCAAAUGAGCUUAGCCCUGCAGGAAGAACCAGUUUAAGGUGCUCAAGCUGAUUUUUGGUUUGUGCUAGCUGUUUUUUGCUGGUCCAAAGAGGUAACCAGCUUUAAUCAGCUUGACCAAUUAUGUCUACAUAUCAAAACCAAUUUUCCACCUGAUCAACCAAGCAGCUUGAGUGAUUUAAAGACCUUAAAUGAUCAGCUGGGACCAGAAACCAUGUAAACCUAUGACAAGAUCUGGAUUUUGAUCUGGAAUUAAAGACAACAGAGAAAUUAAAAUUCUGAAACAAUAAAAACAUUCUUCUCAGCAAUAGGAUCCAGAAGUGUACCUUACAGAAUUAGAACUGCCUGCAUAAAAUACAGGAUUUAAAUUCUAAUAUUAAACCAAAAUACAUAAACGCAAGUGGUGAUGUGUAAGUUUGUGCACAUGGAUGUUAGAGUAAAGGAUAUUUGAGGAUGUUUGCAUUGCACCAAUAAGUUCUAGGUAAAUAGGUGCAUUGUAUAACCAUUAAAUCUCACCAUCAGCUGCAUGAAGUUUUUAAAUUAGCUCAUUUAUACAUGGAGAGGGAGAAUAAGGAAAACAAUUCUACACUGGCAAUGAGGAUACAAUUAAGAAAAACAAACGAUCAAACAACAGUUAGUACAAAUAGAUGAAUCAUUUUCUGUCAGAAGCUGUGUAAUCUAGCAUGAAACAAAUGUCACUGUAAUGUGAGGGAGUGAAGUGUGAGUAUUCAAUUAUUAAUAUCUCCACACUCUAAUACUGAACUGUAUUUAAGCACAAAAAUUACUAAGAAAGAAAUAAGAGCGAAACAUAAUUUGGGGAAUAGAUGAAGUUCAUAUAUGACUUUACAAUUGUAAAAUAUUCAAAUGCUGUUAUAUAACAAAUCUUACCAUUGAGCUACGGGUAUCCUGCUGUCUGUUAUCGGAAGGGAAUCAUAAUACAUAAUCAUGGUGAUAACUGUAACCACGGUAACGGUCUAUCUAUAUAAUUACUGGAUGUAUAGGCCUAUCUAUAGAAUUGUUUCUCUCAUGUCUCACUGUUGCACCAUCAUGCACUUUAAAAUUACACCAUUUAUUUUCCAACAAUAUUUCAUUAAUUUACCCUAAAUUCAAUUGAACUGAAUAAUGUAAAUCCAACAUUCAGAUGACAGACUUAAAUUCCAUUUAACAAUCACUGUUUGAUCUGUAAACAACAUAAGAAUUAUGAAUUGUAAUUUAAAGACUAAUUAAUUGAAUUUCCAAUAUAGGCUUCAAACACCGUUCAUAUGGCCAGCGGGCAGGAGAGGAAGUCCACACGCCCCAGUAUCACCGGUCAGCUUCUGUGCUUUGUGUUCCACCCCAGGGAAUGUCUCUGAUUGCCGUCUCUCUUUUAGUACAUUAUAACUAUGGGAGCCAGAAACGUGUGCCCUAUAGGUUCAAGCCUAAAAGCUUUGAGAAUAUUGGUAACAUACAAAGAUCAAAGAGAUCAUGUACAUUUGCCUUGUUCUUAGAACAUAAUUUUUUUUAUUAUUACAUUAAACCAGGAGGGGAACAUGGAACCACGGGUUCAGCAUUUACAUGUCUUCUCAAGCACUCCUUACAUAAUCCAUAAAAAUAGCAACGAUUUAAAAUCUAGUUCUGAGUACUGAAUGUUCGACUAUCAUUCUAAGAAAUGUGAGCAUUAAGUUUUAAUAUUGAGACCAAGACUUUAGGUAAGACAAAGCAAUCAACAUGUACAUAGCAGCAAAACAGCACACCAUGACAUGGACAAUUUUCUUAAUUUUACAACCAUUAAAUCUGUAUCAAAUCUCACCUUCACCUGCAUGAAGUAUUAAAUUAUGUGAUUCCUGUA